UCUUCACAACCUCAGUAGCGGCUCACUGGAUUUAAAUUUUGCUAGUGAAGGCUGUCUUGACCGCACUACCACGACGCGCUUCCACGCGUAGCACUGCAUUUUCUUGAAUUUGUCUGAAAGAUACUCAAGCCUCAACACAAGGCGUCUGUCGUUGCUUUUAUGGACUAAGCAUCUUACGUUAAACAUUCGAGUCUUGUUAAAAUCGUCUCGGUGCGCGUUGGAGCUUCUCGGCCUUGAUUAGCUUAGCUUGCUAAAGGCUAACAAGGACGCGUUUGAAAUCACCACUUUGCUCAGUGGACACGAGACAUGAUUGUCGUGUGAAAAUUUGCGCAACAAGUGCAGAAUACGAGUGAAACUUUGUGGCCUAUAAGUGGAGAACGAUCGACCACGUCAACUACUGGACACCGUUGUCAAAAUGCAGCCAGGAAUUGUUCAACACGAAGCAGACAUCAGUGAGGAUGUUGGUCCUGCAUGGCAGUACCCAGAGCAACCUGGCGUGAAAGAGGAAGAGGAGGAUGAAAAGGUCCCUCAAUUAAAAGAGGAAGAGGAGCAGAAAAACCCUUAUCUUAAAAAAGAGGAAGACGAGUCAGAGCACCCUUAUAUGAAAGAGGAAGAACAGGCCCAUGAUAUUAAAGAGGAAAAGCAGGAGAGUGAAAUCUGCAAACUGCAUGCAACAGGUGUGAUUUUGAAGAGCGAAGAUGAAGGUCAAAGUGAAGCUCGCAAAGGGGUGGCGCCUCCAAGCAGCAAUUCAAGUCAACAAAUGUCCGCAGAAGGUGAUGCAGACGGAUGUGAAGGAUCACAAGCACACAGCCUGCUCCCACCAGUAUCUGAAAGUGAUGCUGAAAAUGAUGAUAAUUUUCCUGACAAUGAACCUGAAGGUGAUAUGACAUAUCACACGGACAACAAAGACUGGAAAUGUUCUCAGUGUGGGAAAACUUUUACUUUUAAGAGCCGUUUGAAACAACACAUGACAACACACACCGGAGAGAAGCCUUUUGCCUGCUCAGUUUGUGGUCAAAGAUUCUCACAAACGCGUAAUUUAAAAAGACACACCAAAACCCACACUGGCGAAAAACCUUUUGCCUGCUCAGUUUGUGGCCAAAGAUUCUCUCAGAAGGCAACCAUAAAACGUCACGCCAGAACCCACACUGGGGAGAAACCUUUUGUCUGUUCAGUUUGUGGCCAAAGAUUCACUUUGAAGGGAAGCUUAACUUCACACAUAAGAAUACACACUGGAGAGAAACCUUUUGCCUGUUCACUUUGUAGUCAAAGGUUCUCUCGGAACGUGACCUUAAAAAGGCAUUCAAGGACACACACUGGUGACAAACCUUUUGCCUGCACAGUUUGUAGUCAAAGAUUCACUCAGAAGGGAAACUUGAACAUUCACACACAUAUACACUUGGAAGAGAAACUCUUUGCCUGUUCUGUUUGUGGUCAAAAAUUCUCUUGCAAAGGAUACUUAAUAAGUCACGCAAGAACCCACUCCGGUGAGAAACCUUUUGCUUGCUCAGUUUGUGAUAAAAGAUUCUCUCAAAGAAGUAAUUUGACUCAACACACAAGAACGAUGCACAGUAGCGAGAAACCUUUUGCCUGCUCAGUGUGUGGAGACAGAUUCUCUCAGAAGAUUAUGGUCAACAGACACCGGUGUCAUAGGACCUCACCUAUGAAAGAUUGUGUUGGAUUCUGACAAAAAAUGCACGUGUGCACAAAAGCUGAAAAUGAAAAAAUAUUGGACCUAUCAAACCGUGCAUUCGUACACGGUCAUGGAGGAUAUUUUCACUUCAUGAGUCACGGAGAGUGGGAACAAGCACAUGGAUUCAGCCCUCUGAUCCCAAAUUCUGACUGGGGGAAAAAAGUCCAACACAAACAUUUUUUCAAGCAAAAAUAUAUGGCUGGAAACUUAGUAUUUUUGCAGAACGUUUCGUGUUUCCCCACCAUUUGCGUGUGUUUGUGUGGAAAA